AUGAAUAUUAUUUAAAAUGCAUCUUAGGAAAUAAGAAUAAAUAAUCUUUAUACAGAUCUAAAAUAAUUGUCGACCAAUACAAAUUUAUAUGUGAUUUAAUCAAAAGAAGAAAUAGCAUCAUUAAAUGAUAAAAUAAAUGUUAUCAUAAACUAAUAAAAUCUAAAUACUUCUGUAUAAUAAUGAUUCUAUAGUUAGAGUAUUAAUAUGAUUCAAGAGAAAUUGAACUAAAGAGUCGAAAAGAUAUUUUAGGAACAUGAAUCUACCCUUUUUAAUAAAAUAAAAGGAAUUGAAGAAUAAAAAUUAUUGUAACAUGAAGAAGAAAUUAAACUAAGAGAAGAGAUGUUCAAUAAAUUAAUAUAUCUAGAUUAGUUAGUAGAUAAAUUGGAUAAAAAAUUUGAACAAAAGGCCAACGAUAAAUUUAUUGUUAACACAAUACAAAAUAACCUAAUUAAUAAUCAAUUACUUCAGUAAACAUUAGUUGAAAAAGCUUUAAAGUUAAUUGAUGAGCUUUUAAAAUAAAAAGUGGAUGAAAUGCAAAAAUGGACAGAUGAAAAGAUUUAAUAAUAAUAUUAUCAAAUUUAAAACUUUUCCACAUAUUUAAGAAAAUCAGAAAGAGUAAUUGAAGAACUUUCAAGUGCUAUAACAAUAACAAAAAAUUCAACAAUUGAAUUUGAAAAGGAAUUUAAUUAAUAAAUUAAUGAUAUUACAAAUAAAAAUUAAAUUUUUAAAGAAACAAUAACUACCUAAACAAAAGGGUAAUUAAUUUUAAUUAUUGUAGAAUAAUAACAUUAAGUACCUAAUUAAAGUAAUAAUUUGAUUAAUUAGAGCAAAAUAUUGAAAUUGAGUUUAAUAAAAUACAAUAGAAUUAUGAAAAUCUUUUAUCUUAAAUAAAUAAUAAGACAGAUUCAAUAAAUAAUUAUAUAUAAAUCUGUUUAAAGAGUUCAGAAUAAAAAGUAUUUUCUCAAUGUAAAUAAGAAGAUCAAGAUAUGAUGGAAAAACUUACAAGUGAACAUGAGAGACUAUUUAACUCUAUUCAAGAGAAGACAACAUCUUUAGAGUAGCAAAUAAAUACUCAUGCAGAAGCUUGUAAUCAAACAAAAGAAAAGUUAAAUAAUAUUUUAAAAGGUUCGUAGCUUCAUUAAAGGUUUUAUCAAAAAAAGGAAGGGGUAACUCAAACAAUUUAGAAAUAAUCUACAAAAGAUUAAUUGUUAAUUAUUGACAAUUUAUUUAGAUAUAUAUCAUAGAUAUAUACUUAAAUUCAUAAAUCAAUCUAAAUGGCAGAAAAUGAAUAAUUUUAAACUAUACAAGAAUCUACUAGAAAUACACAAUCUUGUUCUUAGGUUAUCCUAAUUACAGAAUAAUCAAAAUCAACAAAAUAAAUAAAUGUAUCUCCAAAUAAAAGUCCUGAAAGGAUUGAAAAAUAAGUAUAGGAUUUAAAAGAUUUGAGAACUUAGAUAUCAUCUGUAGAAAAAAUUUAAGGAGAUAAUCUUAAACAUUAGGAUAAAAGUCCAUAUGCUACUAUAGAAAAACCAAGCAAAACAGAUAAAAGUGGAGAAGAGAUUUUUAGUGAUUCAAAAUUUUAUGAAUUGAAUCGUCAUCCAUUAUAAAUAGUUGGAAAAAGUAUAUUUAUAAAUAAACUUAGCUUAAUUAUUGGAUAUUAGACCAUAGUAAGAUUUGAUGUCAUUAUAAUAAAAAGUUAAGAAGAUCCAAAGUAUUCUAGGAGUAGACAUACUUGGUUAAAGACAAUAUAAUAAUACAUAUUAAGGUAAACGAUGUAAUUCUGCAUCUAAAAGACUACCUAAAAUAAAUUCAAGAAAUUUAAACUUUAGUAUUGAUUGA